AUGCAAGCGAAAACGCUAAUUCAACUAUCGAUUCUUCUAGUUGACGAGAGUCGUAUUGUUGGAGGCCAGCCAGCACGUAUCGACGAACAUCCCUACCAAGUAUCUCUACGAUUUAACAAUCGUCACGUAUGCGGUGGCGCUAUCAUUAGCGAGGUAUGGAUCGUCACGGCCGCACACUGCGUCCAGAGUGCUUUCGUCCGGUUCGUUUCGAUAAAGGCUGGCACUUCCAACCUUACCGACAAAGGGACGGUCAUCGUCGCCAAGCAGAUCAUUAGCCACGAAAUGUACGAUCCAAGAAGCGCCGAUUACGAUAUUGCUUUGGUCCGGUUGGAAAAGCCGCUGGUGUACAGUUCUCGAGUGAGACCGAUCCCGCUGGCACCGAUCGCCGAUCAUUAUACCGCCGGUUCCAAGGCGUUGGUCACCGGAUGGGGUGUUUUGAGAAGCAACGGCCGGUUGACCAAUCAGUUACGUAAGGCAGAGGUGCCCCUCGUCUCUAAUACAGACUGCUCAGAAUUGUACGCGACUCGUACAAUCACGCCGAGAAUGAUUUGCGCCGGUUACGUAAGCGACGGCGGCGUGGACGCGUGUCAGGGUGACAGCGGUGGACCAUUGGUGCAGUACGACAGACUAAUCGGAAUAGUAUCCUGGGGUAUCGGAUGCGCUCGACCAUCUUUUCCAGGCGUUUAUUCGCGCGUUACGAUCCUCCGAAAUUGGAUCACGGAGAAGACCGGUUUGUGA